AUGGACACCGAAACCAUUAUAGUGUUUGCCCUAGGGAUGAUCUUCUAUCACGGGGUAGUCAGCGCACCAGACGAAAAGUUUUUUAAAAUAGCUAGUAUCAUUUCGCUAGUAUUGUUUUUUCACAAAGUCAGCUGCAGCAUGCAUAUGUACGAGUUUUUGCAAAAGCUUCCCUCGCAAAAGAGAACAAUUCUGAGCGGCGUAUUUCUGUUCAUUGGCAUUCUUGCGGCGAUAGAGUCUGUUGUUGUCUACAUGAUCAACUCGUUUAUUCCGCAAACUUUGAUAUACACGCUCGAAAGAGUGGGCGGGUGCUUUAUUCUUGUUUCUCUUGUGCUAAUAUUCUCGUCGCUGUGGAUUUUGAACAGAAAUGACAUCCGGCUGUGCGUGUUUAUAGACCAGGGAAUAUACGCAUACAUUCGCCAUCCGUACUAUUUAGGUCUUUCGUUUUUGUUUGUCGGGAUAUGCCUGUCAAUGGGGAACAUCUGCAGCAUAAUCAUUGCAGCCAUUGUUCUAAAGGACAAAGUAACCGAGUUCAUCGUUGACGAAGAGGAUGUUCUUGUCCAGAAGCACAAAAGCUACAUGAAGUACAGGGAAAGAGUGCCGAGUGGGAUGCCCAUAGGCCUGCUAAAAAAGAUAAAACCAGAAGAAUCACUCAGCGCACUGAUGCUAUCAUAA